AUGUCUCGCCAUGUUAGCAACUCAAUGGCGGGGGGGGCUCUUUCUGUUCGCUACAUUAUAGCUAUUAGGCAGGCUGUACUCCAGAAUGAGGGGCGCGGCGUCCUCUCACGCCGCGCCGUAUCCCCUCCCAUCACCCACCCCAAACUCCAGGUCAUAAUCCUCGCCAAUUUUGCCAUCUACCCACCCGACAUCCUCACCCAGCUCGACGGCGCAGAAGCGUGCAUCUGGACCCUCGGUAUCAAAACAGCCUCCGUCCCCGACCAACGCCUUGUCUCCGUAACCUGCUCCCUCGCCCUCACCACUGCCCUCACUCAACUCCACACCCCUCCUUCGCACCCAUCCGCUUCCUCGUCACCGGCGGCGCGCUCUCAAUCUCCGACCCCAACUCCUCCGCACUCUUCAUGGGCCCCGCGCGCAAAGUCAAAGGCGAGGCUGAGAUGGAGAUCCUCGCUUUUGCAGCGCGCCCGGAGGAUAGGGAGAAUCGAGGAGGUGGUUACGCGGCCGGCGAUGGUGCAUGCGCCGGGGUCGGUGGUGGGGGGGCUGAUGUCGGGGCUUCCGGCUGGGUUGAGGGGUGUGGGAAUGAAGGAGUUGGCGGCGGUGACUUUGGAUAUUGUGCGUAAGUGGGGGGAUGAGGGGAAAGCUGGAUAA